AUUAAAUGAAAAAGCAAUCAGUAUCCACAAAUGCAACCCUUCUGGUACCAUAUUUUAAAGUGUAUUUCAAAAUUCAUUAUCAUACUAAACCAGGAAAAGCAAUUUACAUAGUGGGAGAUUGCAAUAUGCUUGGGGAUUGGUAGCCUACAAAAGGAUUAAGGCUAUAAUGGAAUGAAGUAUAAUAUGAAUUAUAAUUUCUAAAAGAAUGAUGAAUGGACAAUUUGUAUAAAAAUAGAUCGAUCGAAAUAUAGUAAGAUCGAAUACAAAUUCAUAGUUAAUAAUUAUGAUUAUAGUACUUUAGAUGAUACAAUAUGGGAACCAGGAGAAAAUAGAGUCAUCACUAAUCAUAUGAUUUAGAACGAAACAAAAUAUGAAUAUUUUAAUUGUAUUAAUUAUAAUUAUUUAUUUUAGGUGAAUAUUGGGGGUACANUGUAAUAAAUAGAGCAUUUGAUCAAAUUAUAGAAAGUUGAGCCUUAGUUGUGAAAAAUUUUUAGAUCAUUAUUUAGACAAUAAUUAUUCUGGUAUUUAUAUGCCUUUAAAUUCUAGAAAAUAAAGGUGAUUUAGAAAUUAGGCUGUUAUUAAAAGAAAUGCUUACCAUUGAUCCAGAUCAAAGAAUUGCUCCUUGUACAAUUAUUGAAUUUCUUUAAACUACUAAAGAAAGAUUAACAACUGAAUGA